AUGUCCGCCUACACGGAACUAACCAAAGGGCAGCAGAAGCAGCAGCUACUGCAGCUGCAGCAACAGACUCAGCAGGAGGCGGACCUGCUGCUGCUGCAACAACAGCCGCCAAAGCAGCAGAUGGCGCGUGAGCGGUUUUUGUACCAACAGGACGUGCAGCUUCCAUUGCUACGUUAUCAACAGCAGCAGCACCCGCAGCUGACCAUCCUGUUGCUGACCACUUUCAAAGAUAUCGGCCGGGCGUUAAUGAGCAUCACCUCCGUGAAGACGCACUUGGCUCCCGAGCUGAUUCACGAGGGGAUACUGCUGACACCCUGGACGAUGGUUUUGAAGCUCACCGUCAGCUCCCUUAUCAGCACCCGCCAUUACUUGGUCCUGGACAGCGACGUGCUCAUGGUUCGCCACGUGGGCCCGCAACAGGCGCACUGGCUGUUCCCGGAGCCAGGGAAGGCCCUAUACCAGCCGCAACGACGUAAAGUACAUCACCGUUGGUGGAACACUACGGAGGCAAUCCUGGGCCUGGGGGGCUGCUUAUCUGCUGACCCAGAUAGGAGUGUCUUCGGUGUCACCCCCGCCCUCCUCGCCACCGAUAUUUCUGCCAGUGCGGCCCGUUACUGGGACGAGCACCUGGGUGGCGGCUCCAGACUGCGAGCCCUAGGGGAGCUCCUUCCCAGACGGCGGCCCUUCCUCACCGAGUACUGCUCCUACCACCUGGUGGCGGAGUGCGUCAUGGGUAACGGCACGCUGAACGAGUACCAUGCACUGCCGCGACACCGCCGCCUUCUUCACACUGCUGGCGGCGGCGGCAAUGGCGGUGAUGACAUGGCCCCACCGGGGGUGCUGUACCGUGGAUUGUGGCAGAGCAGAUCGUGGUUAAAGUCCGGGGGUCGCGCGACGGUGUGCAAGGACUGUGUUUUCUUGGUAGUGCAGAGCGACACGAGGGUGCCCGAGGGUAAGGUGGUUGGGCACCUUGAGGAGGUGUUUUUGUGA